AGGGACGUCCGCCUCUGGUAGCCGGAUUGAGCCAAGAGUCUCCUGGUGGCACAGAACAAGGAAAGAGGACUUGAAGCCUGGCUCUUCAGAUCUCCGCGGACACAGCCAGCUCACCUGUAUCAUGGCCCUCCACCCCCGCAGAGUUCGGCUGAAGCCCUGGCUGGUGGCCCAGGUGGAUAGUGGCCUGUACCCUGGGCUCAUCUGGCUACACAGGGACUCCAAACGCUUCCAGAUUCCCUGGAAACAUGCCACACGGCAUAGCCCCCAACAAGAGGAGGAAAAUACCAUUUUUAAGGCUUGGGCUGUAGAAACAGGGAAGUACCAGGAAGGAGUGGAUGACCCUGACCCCGCUAAAUGGAAGGCCCAGCUCCGCUGUGCUCUCAACAAGAGCAGGGAAUUCAACUUGAUGUACGAUGGCACCAAGGAGGUGCCCAUGAACCCAGUGAAGAUAUAUCAAGUGUGUGACAUCCCCCAGCCCCAGGGCUCAAUCAUUAACCCAGGAUCUACAGGAUCUGCUCCCUGGGAUGAGAAAGAUAAUGAUGUGGAUGAAGAUGAUGAGGAAGAUGAGCUUGAUCAGUCACAGCACCAUGUUCCCAUCCAGGACACCUUCCCAUUCCUGAACAUUAAUGGUUCUCCCAUGGCACCAGCCAGUGUGGGCAACUGUAGUGUAGGCAAUUGCAGCCCUGAAACAGUAUGGCCCAAAACAGAACCUCUGGAGAUGGAAGUACCCCAGGCACCUAUCCAGCCAUUUUACAGCUCUCCAGAGCUAUGGAUCAGCUCUCUCCCAAUGACUGACCUGGACAUCAAAUUUCAGUAUCGGGGGAAGGAGUAUGGGCAGACUAUGACCGUGAGCAACCCGCAGGGCUGCCGGCUCUUCUAUGGGGACCUGGGCCCCAUGCCUGACCAGGAGGAGCUCUUUGGUCCUGUCAGUCUGGAGCAGGUCAAAUUCCCAGGUCCGGAGCAUAUCACCAAUGAGAAGCAGAAGCUGUUCACAAGCAAACUGCUGGACGUCAUGGACAGAGGACUGAUCCUGGAGGUCAGCGGUCAUGCCAUUUAUGCCAUCAGGCUGUGCCAGUGCAAGGUGUACUGGUCUGGGCCGUGUGCCCCAUCACUUGUUGCCCCCAAUCUGAUCGAGAGACAAAAGAAGGUCAAGCUGUUUUGCCUGGAAACAUUCCUUAGUGAACUCAUUGCCCACCAGAAAGGACAGAUAGAAAAGCAGCCACCAUUUGAGAUCUAUUUAUGCUUCGGGGAAGAAUGGCCAGAUGGGAAACCCCUGGACAGGAAACUCAUCUUGGUUCAGGUAAUCCCGGUGGUGGCGCGGAUGAUCUAUGAGAUGUUUUCUGGUGACUUCACACGAUCCUUUGACAGUGGCAGUGUCCGCCUGCAGAUCUCAACUCCAGACAUCAAAGACAACAUCGUUGCUCAGCUGAAACAACUGUACCGCAUCCUGCAAACCCAGGAAAGCUGGCAGCCCAUGCAGCCUGCCCCCAGCAUGCAGCUGCCCCCAGCCCUGCCGGCCCAGUAACCAUGAGUGCCAGCUUCUCCUUCUCUUUUUUAUGAUAUUGUAUAUAGGGCUUUUUUUUAUUAUUAUUAUUCAGACUUAACCAGCUUUUCAAUCUCUUUUCCCUAACAGUGAUAGAAGUCUUGGAUUCUCCAAAUAUUCUUAGCUUUCAAAGUUGAUUUAAUUUAUGGAAAAAUCAUCCUUCAGGCUUUGCUUUUCUUUUGUAAGCCUCCCAGUAGUAGUUUGAGGCAGUAGAAAAAGAUUUGACUAUGGAAUUUAGAUACCAGGAUUCUAGCUGCAGCUUUGUCUUCAAUGUGCCUUGAACAAGUCAUGUAACCUCUGGGCUUCAGGUUCAUCAGUUAUGAAGAAAAAAGAUUGGAAUAAUGCCUGAAACUGCAUUGAGCUUUAGAACUCCAAUUCAAGUUCUUCAUUCUACUUGUGCAAGACAAAACUCCAUGGAACCAGAACCCUUCUUCAUUGUUCUUGUACCACAUUUUCCCCCUUGCUUUCAUUUAAGUUCCCUCGAGCACUGAUUUGUCCGGAGUUGAGCUCUGUUUGACCUGUUCUGCUGGUGUAGUUGAGCUGGCUCCCUCAUUGGGGAAGUGAGAGGGAGGACUGGCCGGUUGCUUAGGAACCGAGCUUGAUAUCUAAAUAGACAUGGGUGCCAAAGUCUGAAAGUCACCUGGCCUGCAGAGUAACAGCUUAUAAACUGAGCUUCCACAGGGAAGCUGUCAUACCGAAAGCUGAGGGAUUCUGUGACAGAGUGGGUAGGUAGACGUUUGCCUUGUCACCACUCAGUCACCACUGUGUGUGUGUGUGUGUGUGUAGAUGAUAGUAUUAGACUCAUGAUAGCCCUCAGAGGAAGAACCUUCUUUUUUUUUUUUUUCCUUUUUUUUAUUUUUGACAGGCAGAGUGGACAGUGAGAGAGAGAGACAGAGAGAAAGGUCUUCCUUUGCCAUUGGUUCACCCUCCAGUGGCCACCUUGGCUGGCGCGCUGCAGCCGGCGCACCGCGCUGAUCCGAAGGCAGGAGCCAGGUGCUUAUCCUAGUCUCCCAUGGGGUGCAGGGCCCAAGCACUUGGGCCAUCCUCCACUGCACUCCCGGGCCCCAGCAGAGAGCUGGCCUGGAAGAGGAGCAAUCGGGACAGAAUCUGGCGCCCUGACUGGGACUAGAACCCGGUGUGCCAGCGCCGCAAGGCGGAGGGUUAGCCUGUUGAGCCACGGCGCCAGCCCAGAAGAACCUUUUUCUUAUUUUCUUCUCUGAGGAAAAGCUGGGAGUGAGCCGGGCAUUUGGACAGUUCCUCCUUGCUUGGAGACCUUUGGGGUCUUCCUGUCAUUUGGAUGUUCUGUCCUUGGGAAAAAUGGGGUUUGGGGUGUGUGAAAGCCGAAGUGAGGAAGGUCUGGGCAGUGCUUUUCUAGAAAAGGCUCAGCUAGCACAAACCCUCUCGUCCCCCUGGCUAGUGGAGGUCUCCUGGGUGUGAACAGUGAAGGGUAGGAGUGGUGCAGAACACUGCAGCCAUCUCUCUCACAAGCUGGUCUGUCUGAGGAACUUCCACUCAGUCCCCUGAUCCUUUUGCUUCUCCUUUUCUUUAAAGAUGCAAUUGUAUAAAAUUUAAACUCCAAGACUUAGAUGGAAAACAAGAUGCUGAUCUCCAGUUGCAGACCCCAAUCCUCCCUCCUCUCUGUCUUUAAAGAUCCUGUCUGCUGGUUCACUACCAAAACGCCCUCAAGAGCUGAGUCUGAGCUGGGCUGGGUGGCAGGAACCCACAACCUCCCAGGGUCUGCAUUGGUGGGAAGCUGGGAUCAGGAGCCAUAGCCAGUUACCAAAGCGAGGUACUCAAUAUGGGAUGCGGACUUUUCUUUUCUUUUUUUUUUUCUUUAAGAUUUAUUUAUUUAUUUGAAAGCAAGAGUUACAGAUAGGCAGAGAGAAAGAGAAGUCUUCUUGGUUCACUCCCCAUCAAACCAGCACCCAUAUGGGAUGUUGGCACUGCAGGUGGCAGCUUUACCUGCUACGCUACAGCGUCGGCCCCAAGGGAUGUGGACAUAUUAACUGCUAUGCUAAACAUCUGCUUCCCCCAGUCCUGACACCAGUUUGUGCCAGUCCAAAAUAAGGAAGCCUAUGUCUAUCCUGCUACCCUUAAACCAACUUUUUCUUUCCUUUUUUUUUUUUUUUAAUAAUUGAAAGGGUAGCUUUAUUUAAAAUACUAAAAGCUCAGCUCAAUUGAAGGUGGCAGUGGAACUCAGUUAUUUAUUUAAAAUUCAUAAGCCUUGGCUUUAGGGCCUCUAGGAGACCUAGUGGAAUAUUCUGUCAUCAAAAGCAUAACCAAGCAGCUGGCACCGUGGCGUAGUUGGUAAAGCUGCCACCUGCGGUCCUGGCUGCUCCACUUCUAAUCCAGCUCUCUGCUAUGGCCUGGGAAAGCAGCAGAAGGUGGCCCAAGUCCUUGGGCCCCUGCACCCACAUGGGAGACUGGGAAACUUUUGGCUUUGGAUCAGCCCAGUUCUGGCCAUUGUGGCCAUUUGGGGAGUGAACCAGUAAAUGGAAGCUCGCACGCUCUCUCUCUCUCUCUAUGCCUCUGUAACCCUGCCUUUCAAAUAAAUAAAAGUCUUUUUUAAAAAAAAUAGGCAUAACCAAAAAACAAUCUGAGCAAAGGUUCAGUGCCCCGCUUCAAGGAGAAGUUGAGCUUUUAGGGGUGAAGAAUCACACAAGGCAUAGAAGCUUUAUAUUUUUGGAGUCAUUUUGUUGAGUGAGUGAAGUGAGGGAUCUGGCUGCCCCAUCUAUACCUGGGAGCUCAAAUCCAAGUGUAGGUAAAUUGUGAGGACAACUGUUGAAUCUGGCUGGUCCCUUGCCCUUUGUGACGUACUAACAGGCUCUCCAUUUGGAUGGGCACCUCAGUAGUGUGAGCUGGUGAGGGGUGUUACAUGGUGUUCUGAGGGCCAAGGACUGAGCUGUUAGGAUGCAACCGUAAAGAAAGGUUUCUGAAGCAUUAGAGGAGCGGAUGAGCAGCUGUAUGUGGUCUUAACUCACAGCCCAGUUUCUUCCUUGUUUUGAAUCCUUUUCAGAAUGCUGCAAGAGUGCAUGUGGGGAUUUCCUCUGAUCAACGUUAGCUCCCUUUCUCUCGGUUCUGAUGGGUGCCAGGUGUCCUUUCUUUCCUGGGGACUCAGCCUACUGUGUCCUUGGUGGCUGCCACUGCUUCCUGUGGUACCUUCUCUGUGGCCUUCACCUCAAGACUAUGGAGUUAGACUGUGCCACUGGCUCUUGCUUUUCCCCUCUGUGCAUCCCACCACACUAUUUAAAAGGUAAAAAAGAACCACUGUAGAUAAGUUGGAAGGGUAAGUUUGUGUCUGGGCUGGUCCCUUCCCCAUAUAACUGCAUCCCCAGUUACAUUUCCUUGACGCCCCUUCACCACCAUGUCCUGCUUGACUGCCAAUUGUUGAAGGUAAAGAUUGUCUUGGACCUUGCUGUCAGUCUUUGGAAGAGUAUCUGGUAUGCAGUGUAUUCUCAAAUAUUGUUACUGGAAUAA